CCGCAGGGGCAGACACUCCUCUGCCUUCCACUGCACAUAUUCAGAUUACAGAUUGUUACUUCUGUACAAUAAUCAUACACGUGCUGUGGUGGCUUUGUAUUUUAGCCUAUAAGCUAUCAAGACCUUAUCAACGGGUCUUCGGAAAUCAUAACAAAGGGACACAGACUUAUUUUGCAAUCUAAUGUGUUUAACAACACCAGAUCUCCUGAAGUUAAACUUGAGAAACCUUUGCACAGGCUUUGGUAGAAUGAUUUUGAAUGGUUUUAAGUGAUUGUAAAUGGUUUUAAUUUAAAGCAGCAAAACGAACCUGAGGGCAAAAUCAACGUGAUAAGUGUAAUUUAUGGCAUCUGAGAGCUGACGUGUAGUUUGAUAUGGUAGCUGAUGUUUAGUGCACUUGUUGUCUGGAAUCCUCUGCUUUGAAGGGUAACACCGAAUACCAACAACAAAUUACAGAAAGAAGUCUACACCAUCAUAAACAGUUACAAUGAUUCUGAGCCACUUAGAAAUGUGGAGCGAAGAUGAAUUCACCACACAUUUAAUUCAACCAAGGAGUGGGUUAUUUCUUCCAUGGAGAAUGAAGAAGAAGCAUGUUUUUUUUGGAGUCUUGGCUUUGCUGCUGGUAGCACUUUGUCUAUUCCUGGGGCUCUUUUUUGGAUUACGCUCAGCACCUCCACAGAAUGGCAUGUACCUUUACAAAAAAGCAGUGGUUGCAUCAGAUGCAGGACCUUGUUCAGAAAUUGGCAGGGACAUCCUGAAGAAAGGUUCGGCAGUUGAUGCAGCCAUUGCUUCUCUGCUUUGUGUUGGACUCAUGAAUGCUCACAGCAUGGGAAUUGGAGGAGGAGUGUUUUUCAACAUAUAUAAUGCUUCCACAGGUGCUGUUGAAAUAAUCAAUGCCAGGGAAACUGCGCCCAAAAAUGCAUCCGAAGACAUGUUUGGAAACAACACACAGCUCUCCCUAACAGGUGGUUUAUCUAUUGCUAUUCCAGGAGAAAUUCGAGGUUAUAAGAUGGCACAUGAGCGCCAUGGCAGGUUACCGUGGAAAGAUUUGUUUGAACCUAGUAUCAAACUGGCUGAAAAUGGCUUUCCUGUUGGAGCAGCGCUUGCUGCUGCUAUAAAGAGGAAGAAAGCUGAAAUAGAAAAAAAUAUUGUACUUUGUGAAAUAUUCUGUAACAAACAAGGAACUAUAUUGCAACAAAAUGAAAUUAUCGUGUUUAAAAAACUGGCUGAAACCCUGAGGACUAUAGCUGAAGAAGGAGCUGAGGCUUUUUACACAGGAUCACUGGCCUCUAACAUUGUCCAGGACAUCCAGAAGGAAGAAAAUCCACUCAAGUUCAACAUUGGCGAAUAUACGAUGUAUGUUCCAAAUGCUCCAUCCAGCAGCCCUGUUCUUGGACUCAUUCUGAAUAUACUGAAAGGAUAUAAUUUUACCCAUGACAGCAUGUCCACAGUGGAGAAGAAGGUCCUUACCUACCACAGGAUUGUUGAAGCCUUCAGGUUUGCAUAUGCCAAGAGAACCUUACUGGGAGACCCAAAAUUCGUUAAUAUCUCAGAUGUGAUCAGUAAUAUGACUUCAGAAUAUUUUGCCAGCGGUCUCAGGGAUAAAAUUACUGAUGACACAACGCACCCAAUCCAGUACUAUGAGCCUCAUUUCUACUUUCCUAACAAUUCUGGUACUGCCCACCUGUCCUUGAUGGCCGAGGACGGCAGUGCAGUAGCAGCAACCAGCACCAUCAACCAGUACUUUGGGUCACUGGUUCUUUCUCCGAGCACCGGAAUACUGUUUAAUGAUGAAAUGGAUGAUUUCAGCUCACCAUAUAUAAUCAAUGGAUUUGGGCUCCCUCCUUCACCCAACAAUUUCAUUGUGCCAGGUAAAAGGCCCUUAUCAUCCAUGUGUCCAGCUAUUUUAAUAGAUAAGAAUAAGCAGGUCAAGAUGGUUGUCGGAGCAUCGGGUGGCACAAAGAUUACAUCUGGAACAGCACUGGUGAUAAUGAAUUCUCUGUGGUUUGAUUAUGAUGUAAAGAAAGCUGUGACAGAACCUCGUUUACACAAUCAGCUUUACCCCAACAGUACUCAGGUGGAACCAGGCAUAAGUGAGGAGAUAAUAAAGGGAUUGCAGCAGAAGCACCAUGAAAUAGCAAACACGUCAACUGGAUCUGUGGUUCAAGCAAUUGUGCGGACAGGUGACAUGCUAUCUGCAGAGAGUGAUUAUCGGAAAGGAGGCUACCCAGCAGGCUACUGAGCAGCUCAUUUUCACUCUGUAAUGUUCACCAUCAUCAUCUUCAUUAUGUGGAGAUGACCUGGCUCAGUGCUGAAUAUUGUCCUGCAUGCUGGGAGACCAAAAUCUAUUCUAGGACCAGUCAGACUGGACAUGCCUUAUUCCUUUUUAGGGGAAUUUUUAUUGGGAGUAAAAUCUUCAGACUACAUAUCAGUUAUGCAUCAUUUGGAAGUAUUUUCUGAAUGCACAGCCUUAUCUCUUCCUGGCCAAAUGCUAAAUCAUCUUCCAUCUAUCUACACUGUACACUUGAAAAUGUUUAUGCCAUGAAUUCCAAGCAUGUUUGUCAUGUAAAACUUAACCACACUUCACAAAUGAAUUCCAACUUACAUGAAAAAAAAUGAAAUAUUUUUUUCUGUGUGCUAACUUUAUUUUUAGUUAAAGCCAAAUACAUUAGUUACUGCAGGCCAUGUGUUUAGAAUGCUGGUUCUAGAUUUAAUAUGCCACUGCAUGCAGAAACUAUCAUGGCUGACACAGCACUGUGAUUUUAUUAGUAUAUAAAUAGUUUUAAGGAUGGAAUCUUUUUUCAAGACAAAUCAAAGAGUGCCUUGGUAUUGUACAUAAUGAUAUUCUUCAUCAAAACAAAUAUUUAAAAAAAUGUGCUAGUAUUGUGCGAAUUUUGUGGCUCAGUCUCCAUGUGGAGUCAGGCUAAUCCCAUAUGUAAGCAUACAGACUGCAAAACUGAGAGAUGAGCAGCAUUAAAUGCAGAUGUUCCUGGAGCUAGGCACACAUAGCCAUCAAAGACAAUUUAGUUCAAUGUAUUUUUAUUGAGAUAAUGUAUAGCCAGUGACUUAUGUCACUACAAGCUGUCACUUUAUGAGAAAAUGAUCAAGCCCAAAAAUAUUUCAAAUUAAGGAAAUGUUUCUAAAUGUUUGUUACAAAGCACAUAAUGUAUUGUGAAUGUCCUCAACGUGAUAUUAAAAAAUGUACUGUGCCAAUUUCAA